AUGAAUAUAGGAAACGAUGAUGAUAAUAAUAAAAAAAAUAUGGAACUGGAAUUAAGUUCCAGGUUUGACAAGAACACAAAGGGUCCGGUGAAGAAUAUGUGUCUAGGAAAAAGUGUUCCAGCAAAAAAGCAACCGGAUCUUGAGAUGGUGUGCAAAUGUUAUGAUGAUGGUUGCAAAAAUAUUGAAGGUGAAGAGAAGAAGAAACUUUUCGAUAAUUUCUACUCUCUGGAUCUGAACGCACAAGGAUCAUUUCCUUUCAAUAAGAAGUAUCCAGACAAUCAAGUGCUAUAUAAAUACUACUGCAGAGUUUUCAAGAAAGAAUUUCCAAAUUUGAGUUUUCGUAGGCCCAGAACGGAUACUUGUAAGACCUGCGACAAAUACGCAUGUGUGAUAAAAAAGGACAAAAAUGCAUCGCCUGCUGUAAGCGAUGAGUUACAGUUGCACCACCGUAAGGCAGAGAAAGCUCAAACCAUCCUUAAAGGAGAUUGCGCUUUUUCCCAGCAACCAGGAAGUGAUACUUGCACAAUAACAAAAGAUCUAGAAAAAGUAUUAUUCGUUCCAACGUUAACUCACUCCGAUAUGUAUUACAUGAGGCAACUGUCUGUUUACAACUUCAGUGUGCAUAUUGCUGAUACAAAUGAAGCCUUCAUGUGUGUUCGGAAUGAAAUCGAAGCUUCCAGGGGUUCUAAUAAAAUCAUGUCCUGCUUACUGAAGGUUUUAAAUUCCAACGUUACAGAAAAGGAAAAACUGAACAUAUGGUGUGACAACUGCACAGGGCAGAAUAAGAAUCGGGUGGAAAUAUUUUUAAUGCUGUUUUUAACAUCUAUUGCUGUAUUCACAGAAAUAACUAUGAAAUUCCUCGUCAGUGGUCACAGCUACUUACCUAAUGAUCGUCAUUUCGCACAGAUAGAAAGAAGAAGAAGACUUAAAAAAUGCUUCGUGCCUGAGGACAUAGAACAACUCAUCAGAGAUACCAGAUCAAUACAGCCAUAUAAAGUUGUAAAAAUGGAACCUACACACUUUUUGAAUCUGCAACGAGAUGCGGAUUCCUUGAUAUCUACUACUAAGCUUUCGAUAUCAACGUUGUCACAGAUACGAGUUACGAAAGAUAACCCAGGAUAUGUGUUUUUUUAA